GUCACGCAAGAGGACUAUUUGUUGCCUUGGCAUAAUCCUGCAGGGAACAAGGGAGAAACAUUUGCUUUGAAGAAGAAAAUAGUUGAUAUACAUGAACACGUGACCAGGUACAUCGAGGAAUUGCCUGUGCUCAUUCAAGAGAUGGUAUCAACUGUUCUUUUCUUCAAGAAAAAAAUCAACACCUUGGAAGACAGAAUCAACACCGUGAACAAUGAGGCCAUCAAAAACCAAGAAAACCAUGGAUUGGUGAUGUUGCUGCUGGAAUCAAAGGAAUUCUACACAGACCUUCUCCUAGAAGCAACAGAUGUAUUUGAAUGUAUAGACACUGACAUAGAGAUCGUGGUGGAUUUUGAGGAAGGGGAGGUGCAACCUGGUGGUGAAGAAUCAAAUUCGGAGGAGGAUGCGUCUAGCUCUGAGGAGGAGGAGGAUUGUGAUGACAUUGGCAUUGAGUACGUGUAAUUAACCCUUUGAAGCCGGAUUUAUUUCAGAAAUCCCGAUAUUUUUCGACUUGAUUUGGUCUAAGUUUGUCUAAAAGGGUAUAGUAUCCCCAAAUGUCACUCGAAGCUAACAAAGUAUGCCACGAGAUGCUAACGUUUUCGGAACUCUGUGGCAUCUCUUAAGGCCCUUGCAGAGGUUCUCAAGAAGCAUGUUUGUGAAUAAGGUGACUUUUUCUGGUGAAAGUUCGAACUUCCAAUGCAGUUUAUUGGGAAACUACGCCACAAAUCAGGUGUUGUGACGACCCUAAAAUGACGUCAUAUGGCAAAAAGUGUCAACUGAGGCAAAACUGUUCAGUGAGAGUUUUUUUUGCUCGUCUGGCGCUCAGGAAUCUGCCAACUGUUCGACGAUACAGCGAUGUUCCGGCCCUCGGGACGAACUUAACCAUGAGGGGGGGGGUACCUGCUGCUGGUUAAUUUUUUUAUCUGACCGCAGGGGGCUAGGCUGAUGUCCUGCAACUCCCAAAACGACUUAGAAUUAUUGCCGGACCACUAGGGACCUUGGAAAAUGCCUUUUGUGUAAUCUGAUAUAUUGUGAAUCCACCAAUUAUGUAUAAGCAGAUUUGUAUUACUGGCUGAAUGUGAAUUUCAGCAGCAAUAAAAUGAUUCUUGCAUCAAAA